AUGGAGAAGGAGAAGGAAGAGUCGCUAAAACUAGCGAUCGCUGUUUCUCUGCUACGAUCGAAGAUCCAGAACCGUAGAUCUUCUUCUUCUUCUUCUACUUCCCGUCGUGAUUCUACCUCCGACAACACUGAUGCUCUCCGCUGGAAGCACAAGGCUAAAGAGAGGAAGAAGGAGAUAAUCAGACUCCAGGAAGAUCUCAAGAAUGCUGACAGUGGUUCACAUUGUGACUUAUUCCCAGCGAGUGCUUCUUGCAAGUGUUAUUUCUUUGAUAACUUGGGAGAGAGGCGGUUUGGAGAGGCCUCUGAACCGAGGUUUAACCAUGUUCUUCGUCGUAGAUUUCUCAGACUAGGUCUGUCUCUUCACCCCAUCAUCCCACAUACUUAUGUAGUUUGCAUAGAUUAUGUAUACCUUUCAAGGACAAGGGGGAGAAGGAAAUCAACUCGAAGAUUGCUGCUCUCAGAACCGGGAUAUGAAGAGGAAGCAGAGCAUCUAAAGAUUUCUAUUGAUUUUCUUCUGGAACUGGCUGAACCAGACUCCAAUGCCUCUAGUUUCAGCAAUUGGUCACAUCAGGCUGUAGAUUUCAUAUUAGCUUCACUGACGAAGCUGAUAUCGUUGGGGAGAAACUUGGAAUCUGUUGAAGAAUCUAUCAGUUCCAUGAUUACACAGUUGAUCGAAAGAAUGUGCACUCCCUUUAAAGGAAAUGUAGAGGUGAAGCAACAGGAAACAAGUGUCGGGUAUUAUGCUCAACAUCUUAUCCGUAAACUGGGAAGUGAUUCAUACAUUGGACAGCGUGCAAUAUUUGCUGUUUCUCAGAGAAUAUCCAUUUUAGCAGAAAACUUACUGGUCAUGGACCCGUUUGAUGAAUCAUUCCCAGAGAUGGAUGAGUCCUUGUUUACCUUGAUACAGCUUAUUGAGUUCCUGAUAUCGGACUAUUUGCUACCUUGGGCUGAGAGUGAAACAUUUGAAAAUGUUCUGUUUGAGGAGUGGAUAGCAUCAGUAGUCCAUGCGAGGAAAGCAGUAGCUGCUUUGGAAGAUAGAAACGGAUUGUAUCUUCUUUACAUGGACCGAGUCACAGGGGAAUUAGCUAUACGAGUUGGUCAAGUUACGUCUUUCCGGGAGGUGGAGCCAUCCAUUUUGGAAAAACUCUUAGCCUAUCCAGAAUGAUUACCUUCCAGGCCACGAGGAUGAAGAAGCUAGUGUAACGAGGAAGCUUGGAGUUUUUAUAAAGAAAAGGGGAGGAGGAGGAUACAGAAGGUCUCGAACCACAACAUCAGCUUCUGCAAAAACACUUUUGUCAGGCUCCUUUUAUAUCACUGCUUUCCUGCUCUCUCUUCUUUUCUAAGUUGUUUUUUUGUUUCUACUGUCAAAAGUGGUUUUCCUUUUUUACUUUCCCUACAAGAAUUGCUGUAGUCACUAGUCAGAUAGUAAUAAUGUCAACUAGAAGAACUCUCUGUAUUCUCUCAUAUAAGUUAAAGAGUUCUAUUACAACAUGAAGAUUGUGAGCUCUAUCUAUUGUUUGGUCUUUUCCAAGUUUGUGAAACCAAAAUAAAUGCUUGACCAAUUUCC